CGGCACUGACCAUGAGCGCCGGCUGGCCGGGCCUGAAGGCGGACUGCGAGGCUCUGCUCAGCUGCUUCCAGCAGGCCGAGAGCGUCCGCUUCGAGGACUUCGCCUCGCUGUGGAGGGAGCUGCGCUUCCACACCAUCUUCUAUGGUAAAAUAAGGACUCCAGAGCAGAUAAAGUUCACCAAGGAAGCUUUGGGGUUGGUGUGGCCGUACUGCUUUCCUCCCUACACCUUCCAGAUCCGAGUUGGUGCCCUUUAUCUUCUGUAUGGAUUGUACAAUACACAACUGUGCCAACCAAAGCAAAAGAUCAGGGUUGCGCUCAAAGACUGGGCUGAAGUCAUGAAAUUCCAACAGGAACUGUUAGAUGCUCAGCAUUACGACGCUGCCUAUGUCUUCCGGAAGCUUCGGGUGGACAGAGCAUUCCAUUUCACAGCAAUGCCUAAAUUUCUUUCCUUUAGGACUAAGAAGAACAUGCAGGAGAAGACAGAGUCCAGGAACGAGUUCAGGGAUCCGGACGACCGAGUUGCAAUGCUUAAGCCGGACGACUUCUUAGAGGAAGCUAAGAACAUUCACGACCACUACCAAAAGAUGAAGUGCCUGAUCUCCGAGGGCCAGUCCCAGCCGGACAAGGCUCUUAAUCUGAUAAAAGACGACUUCAUAGACAAUUUCAAGAACAUCAUUUUGGAGCAUCAAGAGUGGCAGAAGAACAAAGAGGAGCCGGCCUUGGCCACUGUGGGUGAGGAAGCCACAAAUGAAAAGGAGGGUCCUUCGCAAGGGACAAAGGGAUUAGAAAGAGCCAGAGCAUUAGCGGACAUCAAAUCCAAAUCUUACUCUGCAGUUGUUCAAGCUUCCAAAUCAAGACGGCACCGCCAAGUUAAUCUGGAGUCUUCCGAACCGACAGAUCGUGGGAAAUCCAAAUCGCCAAGGGCUAAGAAAGCCAGCAAAAGUUUGCAGCCGAGGAGGAAGAAAGAAACUCUGAAAAGCAGGGGGACGUUGCAGUUGACAGAGGAGCAGAGUGCUGGGAAUCUCAGUAUGCCUGUGAUUGCAGAGGAUGAUGAUGAAGAUAUUGAUGACCCUAGUGACAAAGAUUUCAUGCCCAGCAAGAGGAAGCGAGCUCGUUGAGAGGGAAAUCCAAACGGUGUGAAUUGGCUUUGCCUGAAGGGAACGUGCCUUCGGCUAGCGGACGAGGCUGUCCAAGUGGCCUGAAGACACGCUGCAAACUCUACAUGUCCCUGUUCUCAUUUCAUGAAGGCAGGAAGAACCUCUUUGGAAAAAGCUCAAAGUGAAGAGAGCCUGUUCUAUGUCGUGCGAUAGUUUGAUGUGCUGAACAGGGGAUUUCAUGUACCUGGGACUUACGAAUGCUGAGAAACGGUUCUUAGGUUUAGCAGUGUAUAUAAAAUUAUAUUGUAUUACUCGUAUCUUAAAUUUUUGUU